UGGUUCUUCGAAGUUGAGACAGGGAUCGGGGAAGCCGAAUUUCAAACAUUAUUUUACUCUUUUUCUGUUCAUAUUUGACGUUGUUCCGAACGGCAAAGAAAGAUGAAGGACAUGUUUACCAUCGAAGACAAGGAGACUCUUAAAUAUGUCAUCCGUCAUGAGCUGAAAAGUCUUGGUAUAAAAGUGCCAAAAGAGAAGCGAAUAAGUGUUCGCUGUACACAAGGCCAAGGGAAGGAACGGUCUACCUGCAAAACAACCAUCUUUGGUAGUGCACUGGAAGAUAUUCCCAACAACUUUAUUAGUAAGAGACCUGGAUGCUUAGUGCCAAAGUUUUUAGUGGAGUGUGUACAUUUCCUGGAAGACAAUGUUGAGUCUGAGGGAUUAUUUAGAAAGCCAGGAUCCAGAAUCAGGCAGAAGGAAUUACAGCUCAGCAUUGAGAAUGGCAAGACAAUCCCCAGCAAUGCCAGUGUAAACGAUGUGGCAGGCCUCUUCAAACUCUUCUUCCGAGAACUGCCCGAGCCCCUCUUCAGUGGCAAACUGGCCGAGGCCCUCAGCAAGUGUUGCCAGCUGAGUGACACAGAGAAGCGAUGUUAUGCCAUGCGCCUCCUCUGCCUCACCCUCCCGUCUCUCCAUCUUUCCACGCUGUGCUUUAUCCUAGAGUUCAUGAAGAAGGUGGCAGCCAAUGCGGACACCAACAAGAUGGACGCCUCAAACCUUGCCCUAGUCAUGAUGCCCAACCUGAUGAGGGGCUUCAGAAAGGAGAAAAGCAACACGGCGACCAUCGAGAAGUUCCUGAAGCUACAGACGGCAGUUGUGAAACACCUGAUUGAGAAUGCGGAUGAUUUGGGCAUGGUUCCUGAUGCCGUGCUGGAGAAACUUGAUAACUUUGGGAAUCGAUCGAGUGAUUUGCUAGACUGGUUAACAUCAGAAGAUGAGUUGGAUAAGAGUGAUGAGGCGACUCUGGAAGAGCGUAAGAAACACAGGAGGAGGAGGAGAAGCGGACCCAUUCAAGGUUUAAUGAGUGGCAUAGGACAGAGUCUGGGUUUACUCAAGUCUGGUGCUGGUAGUGCUACUGUAAAAACACCCGCUGUAGAUGAAAUCAUUGAGAAUCCAACGUUCCUUGGUGAGACUCCACGAAUACUAAGAUCCAGCAAAAGGAAAGCCAGUGACGAUCUAAGUACUUUGGCCUCUGUCAAAAGAAAAGCUAUGCUCCAUCAGAUGACCUCUGACCCUCAUUAUAGCAAACCAGGCCUUAAUCUACAUAAAGAGGGUCGGCAUCAGACAGUGACGGACUCUCCUAUUACACCGAUACGACCAACUAAACCAGCCCUGGGAGAAGUCGAUGCUAUUACGGAAGACGGGUCGACUGUCUUCAAGUUCCAAACGCCUUCAAUCAAGUUUGCCGACGAAUCUUUCGCAACUUUCUCUGCUACUCCUGCGGCAGGCUGUGUUGACACGACCGGAGGGAUGUCUGAAAAAAAGUCAGGAAAACUCAAAAAGCAAACUGGCAAAAAGUACAAAAGACGUUCUGGAGUAACCCAAGUAGACAUGAGCACACCUCGAUCAGCUCGUGGCAGCAACACCCCCAAGUCUGGCAGUGUUUACAAUUCAAUCAAGAAGAGACUUGGCCAUAAGCAUACUCACACACAGCCAACUCCGAUAAGCCUAAAUGACAUGCCUGAUAAGUCGGUAGGAUGGCGACUUGCUAACCCACCAACCAAAGAUGGCAAAGCUGAGACUGACAACCUGGUACUUGGUUGUUCCCCCUCUCUGAAGAGAACACCAAUUAUGAGACGGCGACAGCGAAGAAAUAAGAUGCCUAGUUCUCCCGCAAUGCUCUUCUCAACGUCUCUUUCCCUGCCAAUGAACGACCAAGAGAAUCAAGUUCAGAAGUCAGUGGUACAUGUCAGAGGUGAAGUGUCAGGGGACGGGGUCGCAGAUUCAGACUCACCUAAGGUAUAUGUAGUUGAUUUACAGUCCACUGUGGUGUGUUCAAAUGUGACUCAGACUGAUGCGGUAUCUCACGACUGCAAUCAGAACAGCAUUGGAAAUGAUAUGAAAGAGGCAAUUAGUAAAGACACUAAUGAGUGCAUCAAUGGUGUCCCCAUCGGAGUGGAAAAUGUGAGUGAGGAAUUGGUGAGCAAUGAAAACCAGGAAACUACUAAAGCGGAAGUCCACAAGGAAUCAGUUUCUGGUGGGUCAUGUGAAGUCAGUAACAAAGUCAUUGCUACAGAGCGCCAGUCAUUGCAGCAUUCUAUCAGCCAGCACAGUCUAUCAAGCGUCCUGUCUCAAGUCAGUGUCACCAGUACCAAGUCUGUCUUCAGUAUAGAGUGUGAAGAUGAGAUGAGGGAUGUCAGAGGUAUGACGGAAACUGAAGAUUCUAAUGAUGUUACCAUACAGACCGACAACACACUCUGCGAAGCACUCACUCCUGCACUGAAGGAUCAAGUCGUCCAAGUUUGCACCAGAAAUAUGGAGACUUUAACUGCAGUAUCAGAGGACACAAAUGAUGCUGUAUUUACUGAAGGAUUUGACAGGACAGAUGGGGUUACCGGCAACCCAAUCGCUGGGAUGGGUAGCAUGGUCAGUCUUGACAGUGUAGUUACAGCAGACUCCUCUGUGAGUGAGGCUGAUCUCGACAGCCACGGGGGUGAACACCCUGAUGGAAUCCAUAGAAGCAACAGCAGGAGAAAACUCACCAAAUCAGUCUCCCUGGACAGCGGUAAAGGUUUAUCUCUUGACGACCUUGCCAACAUCGAGGAGGGGAAACUCCAGGAGAGGGUUGACCAACGUCUAGCUUCGGAGAGGGGCAUCAAAUCUGCAAAAGCCAUCCCUCUAGGAUUGGUCAAGAUGAUGUCUGACCGGUUGUCUCCCUUAGAGGAUGCCAGUGAAGAAUCCAGCUGUAGUAUUUCCAGUGAAGACAACCCUCAAUUUAAGGAAACCAAAGCUUUCUGGAAGCUGGCUAAAUCAGGUCGUAUCUUCAAUAAGAGUCUUUCUGAAUCGCAAGUAGGUUCUCCUCAACGUACCAGCCAGGCCGUUCAGUCAAAGUCUCUUCAUUCCUUGGUGCAUAUCCAGAAAGACAGUGCUGGGAGACGCAAACGAGCCAAUACCCAGGCAAACUCCAGUAUGGUGAAGAGUAACAUCAACAUGUUCAAUUCUAUGUGCCAACAAAUAUCCCCUGUGAAGAAAUCAGAAAUGAUCGGUCACUCGGGGUACAGGCAAAGAGCAUCGACAGCACAAUCAUCGUAUUCAAGAGAAUGCCAAAACACACAGGAGAAACCGAAAGAGAUCAAAUCCAAGAGUAAUCUGACCAAGGCGGUGAGUAUUGACAGCGGUUUGUGCAACCUUCAAGACGACCAUGACCACAAUGAUUCCUAUGAAAUUGCUCAGCUCCAGGGAUCUACUGUCCAGGUCCCCAAGGGUCAGCAUCAAGCCAGAGAUGAUGAGCCGCACACCCCGGAGAUGACAGACCAGAAGACGACAAUCAAGUAUGAGCAUCCUGAGGACAUGCCUGUUCACUACGGCGACCAAGAAGCCGACCAAAUGCCUGAUCACCUUGCACCCAUCCACGCCCUUCACAAUAAGUCCCUCACCCCCAUGAAGCUGGUCUCCUCGACCAUCAUCCGCACCCCUGGUAAGAGGAAAACCAUUAAGAUCAAACAUCGCUCACCUCUUAAACGGUUGCAGAUCCCAAAUGACAACACACCACCCGUGAGGGAGAGCAGAACGCACAAAAGGUACCCCUGUUCUCCAAGGAACCCCUUGCUACAUCAGCAGCCUAAUGGUAGACAACAGAUGAGGCCUCAAAUACCCAGUCAUGUCAGAGAUGACAUGGAUGUAGUGGAACUGUAAGAUUCAUUCAUCAUUUCUUAAGAGGGAACCAACUUCCUGAUUAAUAAUGUGGACCAUCAGAUCAACAUCCGAGUACGUGUGUUUGCAAGAUUAUUUAAGAGGGAUACUAGAACAUGUGUUUGAAAGGAGUAUUGAAUAAAUGUAUUGAAAGUAUAACUGUUGAAACUGGCCUAUAAAAUGUUCUUGGAAUAGAUCACUAGUUGUUUUGAGGAACAGCACACAGGUACAAUAUGUAGACUGCUUAGGCAGAGAAGUCUCUCAGAUGUAUCUACAACUAUAUAGUCACCUAAACCGUUCCGUGUUUCUGACCCUGUCCCAUGUCCAGGCCAAAUCCUCCACAAUCCAUAGUAUAGUUUUAAUUGAGUUUGAUGGAGUAAAAAAUGGGUGCUUGUCACCGUACAGUGAAGUAUAUAUUUUUUACAGAUUUUUGGACGAACAGGAUGACUGCAGGAAUUUAAUAAAGAGAGGAUGCUCUAGCUGUUGCAUCAGAGGCUUACAUUUACCCCUGUCAGCCAUUUAACAGUGUUCUGAAGAAGACAAAAAUGUCAUAUUAAUGAAGGUGCAAUACUGAUGUAAGUAAAGACAAGCUGGAAAAGUGAAAGAAGAGCUGGGAAUUUUGUACAUGUUUGUCAAAACAGUGUAGAUACUUCAAAGGCAGUGGACACUAUUG